AAAAGACAAAAAGAAUAGAUGGAAAAAGAGACAGUCAUCUUUUAGAAAAAGCCAAAACCAUUUCAGAAAACAAAAGAGACUUGCUCUUUUAAAUCCAACACAUACCCACAAAUCCUCUCCUACGUUUCUCUGUCUUCUGUUCUUGGUUUCUGUGCUCCAAAUCUAAAAGGAGUUUUAGGGUUCUUGAGACUGAUCAUUUGUAAAGGAAUGGGUACAUGUGGUGGAAGAAACGGCAACGACGUUGGAUUUAACGGUCACGGAGGCGGCAGAGUUAGGCCAUACGUACGGUCUCCAGUGCCUCGACUCAGAUGGACGCCGGAGCUCCACCGUUGUUUCCUUAACGCCGUCGAUAUGCUUGGUGGCCAACAUAGAGCCACUCCAAAGCUUAUUCUUAAGAUGAUGGAUGUGAGGGGACUCACCAUUUCACAUGUCAAGAGCCAUCUCCAGAUGUAUAGAGGUUCUAAACUCACUUUGGGCAAAUCAGAGGAAAGCUCUUUAUCUUCAAUAAGAAGAAGACAAGACACUGAAGAAGAUUAUCUUCAUGACAACUUGUCUUUACCCUCAAGGAAUGAUUGUCUUCUGGGGUAUCACUCGUUUCCUCUUUCUUCACAUUCUUCUCUUAGAGGUGGAAGAAGAGAAUAUCAGACUUCACAGUCUGGUGGUGGUGGUGAUGAUGAUGACUUUCUUCACAUCAUAAACAUGGAGAAGACGAGAGAAACGACGCCGUUUCCAUCACAUCAUUGCCACAAGACAACAGAGAAGGAGAAGAACACUGGGCAAGAACAAGAAGGGGAAGAUUUGUCGUUGUCUCUGUCUUUGAACCAUCAUCAAUGGAGAAGCAACGGAUCAUCAGUGAGCGAAACCAGUGAAGCAGUCUCCACUUGUUCUGCACCAUUCGUCUUCAAAGAUUGCUUUGCUUCUUCACCAAAGAUUGAUCUCAACCUUACUCUUUCAGUUUCUCUCCUCAGCAGCUGAAACCAGUAAAUAAAUAUCUGUCUGCUUAGAUUAGUCCCAGUGAAAACAUUCAGAUGAUUUUGUUGUUAAACUCCUAGGAUUUCUUGCUUUUCAGAGAUUUAAAGUUAAUGGAACAAAUCUUGAAAAUAAAAUUUAUAUAAACCUUAAUAUCAA